AUGGCGGACGAGCGAGACCUCCGGGCAGGAAAGAGGGAACGCAAGUAUCCCGACGACGAGCUAUGGCCCCCCACUUCCAGCUCCGCUAGCACCAUGGCGACCAAGUUGGGAGAUUUUCCUCAAAUUCAAUUUGAGUCAAAUCUCGUCGAUUGUGCUGAUACGUGCGGUAUCAAAAUUCCUCAAGGUUUGGCCAUUGCCACGGUGAUGUUGAGGAGCAAGCAUGUCGAUUUCCUGGAAAUGAAACCACCACACAACUUCCUGCUUGACCGAUCUCCACCACUCACCGACAAACGUAAGGAGCAACUUCGGGAGGUGGCACUGUGGCUACUCGAUGUGAAUCGCACGGUGAAUGAGAGUAUGGAAUUUCUUGAGUCUGCAACACCUCACUUCCUUUUGCAUGUCAUUUUGGAGAUCGUGAAACUGAUUAAACCAUGUCCGCUUCCCAUCUCCAAUGCUUCAUGUGGACUCAUCAAGAAUAUAAGCUUCUUUCGUGAUGGAAAUCCCAUCUUUAAGGACGAGUUGGAGGCAUGGACACAGACCACUGUGGAGCUGUCGGACGGAGUCACCACUCCAAAGGAUUUAUGUGUCGAUCAGGAGUGCUAUUUAUGCAACUACACAAGGGAGACUCAAAUUUGCGCCCUCAAUCUCUUCAACACCUCCCUUUACUAUGAUGCCGAGACUAUUGUCAACAAAAAGCUUCGCGAUUGUGUCGCUUUUAUCAUUGUCAACGCAAUGCAUUUAGUUCGCACCUACUGUAGUGCCAUUUCUCCCUGCUUCUGUGCCGACUUUGAUCCCCUCGCUGUGAUGCGGGUGGCAAAAUCACCACCUGGUUCUGUGAAACUCUUCAUUCAACGUCUCGCUGAGGAGAUCGCUCCUGUGCUCUUUGACAUUGAUCGUGCCUGGUUCAUUGAACAGAUGCACUGUCGUUCCGACAUCACUGACAAACGUCAGUGGGUGCGUCUGCAUAAGGAAGCUUUUGAAGUCCACAUUAUGAUGAACAUACUCUGUAGCAACACUCAAAAGGCCUGGAAUUCGCAGUGUGGAUUCGAGGACAUCCUCUUCCACACUGAGGAGCACGGAGAGGGUUGUGUGGCUGAAUUCUGUGCAUGCAAACUCUCCAAGGUCCUGCAAGCAGCGCGACAGGACUGCGCCUGUGGACAGCCUCUACCCGUAGCAAAUUGA